UUCUCUCUUUCUAUGUAUAGAUUCUCUUUUCUCCCUCUUUUUUUCCUCACCAAACGAAAGAAAUCCAUAUUAACAGAGAAAAAUUUUAUAACCAGACAGUUGCCACCGCAAUACGCCCAACUAAUAAAAAUCCACAGAAAGGGCAAUAUCGUCAUAUAAAAAAAUAAAAAUGGAAAUAUGGCUCUUCGGUUUGAUUCCAGUUGAGGAGGUGUUGGCACAACAAAGUAACUGCUUCUCCCCUACAGUGCGCACGCACGCACGCACAGACGCAUGCUAGCUCUUGCCUCUCUUCCUCUCAAAUUUCAUUCAUGGUUUUGGCCUUAGGGUUUAGAUUCAUCUCUGUCGUCAAAUUCUUUCUUCAUUCAACAUUCAAAGGACGAUCGGAAAGCAGAGAAGCUUCUCUCUUUUCCCUUCGAUCAAUGGUGUUUCGCUCAGCCUCCGAAACCCACCAAACUUCUCCUCAUAGAGACGCUACCAAAUACGCAGACAUGGCUUCUUCAACUCUUAAAUCUCAUCAGCCUCUCCAUAACUUUCCAUUACAGGAUCUCAAAUGGUCCAUGAACCACACCAAUAACCACCGCUUUCGCAAGUUUGCUGCUGAUUCCUCUCACAAAUCCCCCCAACGCGACACCGCCGAGUCUGACGGCGUGAAAACUGGGAACUACGUCGCGUCUCCUGAUCGGGUGACCGAGAAAUCUGAGAAGAAAUUGGGGCCUUCGGAUACUGCGGUUGACAAUUCCGACAGGAAAUCCAAGAUCUUUAUUCGCAUCAGGACUAAUAGUAGCAAGUGCGCUGACGAUUCUGUGGAUGCAGGGGAUCAGACCUCAGUUGUGGACGAUGCGGAGGAAACGAUAACGAAGACAUGGAAUCUGAGGCCGAGACGAGCCGUGAUUAAGGCUUCUGAUGGGAAUGGAGGUGUACCGAAGAUCUGUGGAGCCGUCGCGCCGGAAACCAAAGCUCAGGAGCCGAGUCGCCCUGAAUUGACUCGGUCACGGAAUACUAACGAUGCUAAGGUGGCUGAGAAGAAAGAGAAAGAGAAGGAGAAGAAGCUAAAGCUCUCGAUCCCGCUUACCAAAGAGGAAAUCGAAGAGGAUGUCUAUGCGUUGACUGGGUCAAAGCCUGCGAGGAGGCCCAAGAAGAGACCGAAGCAUGUGCAGAAACAACUUGAUUGCUUGUUUCCUGGAUUGUGGCUGUCUUCGAUCACGCCUGAUGUAUACAAAGUUUCUGAUGCUCCUCCAAAGGUCCAAUAUUGAUGUUUCUGAACUGUCAACUUUUUCUUUCUUGUGUUCCCUACUUUUUUUGGUUCGGUACCUGAGUAAGCCAUUGAAAGGCGAAGAAAAUUGGGUAAAUGUUGUUUUUAUUGAAAAAAUGUUGAGAAACUUAAUCUCUAUGAAGCUCUCUUGUUAGCAAAGGAAAGGACAAAGAAGACAAACAACAUCAAAGAAGAGAAGGUGGCUUACUUGAUUGGAUGGAUUUUUAAGCAAUAACAAGCAUGUGAUCAUGGAAUUCUCAUUUGCACUAUCUUUUCAUCACAAGUUAAUUCUUUUAUGCUUUUUGUGGAGUUGAUGUUUGAAUUUUGCUGUUCAUACAGGGAUAGAUGAUCCAUUUUUAUAAACUGGGAACUUGAAGGUGAAUGACUGCCCAACUUGUUGACACCAGCGUAAAGUGUAAAACACUAUGAGCCUGUAAAGAUGAAAGGGUAACGAAUGUAUCUUGUUUUUGUGCCUUUUCUCUAUACAGCAAGGAGCUCACUGCAAGUUUGAAGGGUUAAUGUUAUGGUCCGUGUUUUAAGUAGCUGCCUUUGUACAUAAGAACUAUCAAUCUAAUGGGUAGAGAUUUUAAUAUCAGCAUUUGUUUUUUGCAGUUAAUGUGAAAUCAAAUGCUUUUCUAGACCAUUUAUUUUGCAUGAUAGUUCACAAGAUAUUUUUUCCUUGUUAGCUGACACGUUGAAAUAUCUCUGUAUCCCAAAUAGUUGGCGUGUGGUGUUCUGAUUGACUUCCAUAUUUCAUAUCUGCAUUAUUUUUCUUUCCAAAUGUGCAUCUAGUAGAGCAAAAAAGAGAAAAAGGAAAAGAUUAGAUUACCAGUUCUUAAUCAAUUCAAGGAAAGUAUGAUCCUUUGAUAAUUAAAUGCAUUAUUGCCAUUGUUGGUCGACUUCAAGAGCCAUGCACGAUAUUGUUGUUAUUUGAGGUAUGUGCGAUCUUGUGUAAUAUUGCUAUUAAUAGCCGGGCAUUUGAAAGUUGAGUUUUUUAUUUGUUAGAAUUGUAAGCGCACUAGUUUUUUGCACAGCAAUCUAAGGCAUUGUAUAUAGUUGUACUAUAAUUUUUAUCUCCUAUGGAAUUACAACUAUUAAGAUUUUCAUGAUAAUAAGAAUUUUCAGAAUUUGCAAAUUGAUGCACGCACAGAAUUCAUUGUGAACUGUGUUGGAACUUUGUUUAGUUCUGGACAUGGCUAUCUUAUGUACUUAUUAUUUCUGUUGUUUUCUUCUUGAAAAAUGCAAAGUCACUGGCCUUUUAUCUUUCCUUAUUUGAAAGAUGUGCGAGUUAUAUGUGCAGUAUGGUUAUUGGUGAGAUGUGUACAAUCGAGUGAUGCAACUGGAUAAAUCAAGUACUAAAAAAGAAAUUUUAUUGCAGAUAUUAGAGUACUGCAAUUGCAAUCUAGAUCACAGGGUAGUACGAAAGUCUUAUGAGAACAGCAAUUGAUCAUAGAAUUGGUCCUGAAUCUGAGCAACAGUCAUUUAAAUAGUCUACUUGAUAAGUGCAGAUUAUUGUUAAAUUUUAAGAAUUAGCCUUGAACUAGAUAAUUUAAUGAUGAGAAAAAUGAGCCGAUGGAAGUAAGCAUUGGAGGCGAGGACUUGUUUUUGCAUACUCCUUACCAAUUUGGAGCAUGCAAAAACUUUUUUAUGUGAAUUUUUCUGACAUAGUUUUAUUCUUCUACAUAUUUUCUCAACUUCUCUGCUUGCUUUGUAAGAUAGAACAUUCUGUAUUAGAUAUGGUGAUCAAAUCUUAUGUUUCUAGAUCAAUCCUGGAGGUCACUCAUGAAGGUCUCAUGAUCUCUAAUCUUGGGACAUAUUAGAUAGGUGAUAAAAGGGGUGGGGUUAUUGUGAAAAUCUUUGUAAAUGUUUUGGUCUGGUUUUUCUUUAUUACAAUGUCAACUUAUUGAUCUGCUUUAAAACAAAAAAAUUUUAUAUCAUCUGUGUUGGGAACUGGGUUGAACAAGUACUUUUGAUGUUCACUACUCAUUUGUUUCGCAUAACUUGCAUGGUAUUGGGAGUUCUGAUCCAUCAUAGUUUGUGGAGAAGCUUUUUGUCUGUGUAUAAGCUCCCCAUUCAUUUGCAAAACUGAAGAACAAUGAAUUUGCAUCUUAGGGCCUUAAGUCUUAACAGCCAUGGGGUUAAAUGUAUGGUUUUCAGGCAUGCAGUUUUUUUGCAUGAAAAAUUAUUCAUUUUUUCCAUGGAUCCUGUUAUUUUUGCAGACAGAGAAGGGUUUGAACUUGAUUAUUAUUAUUAUGUUAAUUACAGAAAUAAAGCAUCUGUGUGAUGGUUGAAGGUUGGAGCUAUUCAGCUCAGGAGUGGAACAUAACGGUGAAUGCAUAUGCUUUUAUUUGCCAAGUAGUUCACCUUUUCUAUUCGAAAAUUUGCUGAUAUAUUUUUAAGGGAUGUAAUCUAGAUGCAAAUUAAGAAUAAACUCUACUUGAGUUGCUUUGACAAGCUGUGGAGGGGAAUUGAGGUGCUAAAGCUUUCUUUAUAUGUUGGUUAUCGUCAUCUUCACAUUGGCUGGGAGCUUCACAAAGUCACAUGUAGACGUCUGAAGCACAGGAUGCAUGCGGUAUUUGGGAAUCUACUGUUGUUUACAAAAAGGGUGAACUAAAAAUGAUGCUGUCAAGCUUUCUUUGGAACAAUGAAAGACUCUGCUUGCAUCUGUUUGAAAUUUUAUUUUACUGUUCUAUUCGGAAAUUUCCCUUCACAUUCUUCACAAAAAAACUUAGGUGGAAGUUCCUUUCAAAAAGUAUCUCGGUAACAUUUUUAAUCCUUCCCCCACUGCCACCUUUUUUCUUCUCGUUCUCAACUUAAAUGUUAAACAUUUAUAACCAUAAAAAAAUAAUCAUCCGUAAUGAUAUUUGUAUAAAUGUAUUGAAAAAAUUGUGAUGAAAUGAAAGUGAUUUAUUAUCUGUUCCGUGGCUUUCUAUCAUUCUUCCAUUGAUAAUAAAUUAAACGAGUAUUGCCUGUAACCUUUGCAUGUGAUAAUGAGAAGUUGAGUUAGGUUUUAAUGAUAUGGUUUUCACUUAUCAAGUGAUAUUACCCCACCAACAAAAACUCGGAAGAUCAAAGGUCCUUCUUCUGAAUCAUUUGCGAACCAAGAUCCAACAACUGCUUCGAUGGCAAAUCGCAUACCUAUCCUUUUCAUGUUAUCUACGUUUUUUAAUUCCUGAUUUCGAGAAUCCUUCAUCAAUUUUAUUAAUAUUUUAUUUUAUGUCACUAGCAAGGAUAAAACUAUAGCUUAAUCAAGUUGUGUAAUACUGUUAUAAGCAUACGAUAAUAGAUAAUAGAUAGAGAUGAGCAAUUCUCCAAAGCUUAUCACUGCAUUUUUCUUAUUUCCAAAAAAAAAAAAAAAUGAAACCACUUAAAAUUUGAUUCUCUAAUCUUUUCCAUCUAGAAUAUGAAGUAGCACCAACCCACAACAUAUGUGGCAACUCGUAAUUAUUUAUUAUAUAAGCUACUAAUUGAGAUAAACCAUUUAUUUAAAUUUUUUAAACUUGACUUUUUUUUUUUUUUUGUCUAUAACCUAUAGGCUCUAACUUAAUUACUAUGAAAUUAAACAAGCAUUAACGAAUAGUAUAAAUAAUUUAAUUAUUAAACAAUUUCCUUGUUGUGUUUGGAUUAUUAAAAGGGUUAGUAUUCUACUUAAUAUAGGAUUAUUAAUAUCUUUACUUUUGUAAAUAUAUUUAUAUAUCAUUGCCUUCUUCUUUCUACUUUCACAAUUCAGUAUUCAAACCCCUCGAUAAUGAUGUCAGAAGUCUCUUCAGAAGAGCAAUCUCUACAGCAGAAUUUCUCCUUCAUGGUUCGGUGGGUAGCCGACCGCCCUAACCCCCAUCGUUUGCAUCUAUCAUUUACACAAAUGCCUCUACCAACUCACGCCAAAGCUAUCUCACUCAACGACACACGGAAUAAUCCAACAACGUUGAGUUUUCCGAUCCAAAGUGAGUCGUCUUCGUCACAGAUUUUGCCUUCCUUUACUAACAACACCAAGUUUGAUUCUGGGGAUGAUCAGAACUUAAUUGGCAGAAAAAUAGAUGGCAAAGCAUCGCCAAAGAAUUGGAAUCUGAGGCCCAAUAGAUCAGCGGCGUGGAAGAAAAGGGAAGUUGAUCAAGUAGAGGUAGAUAAGAGGGACAAGAACAAGAAGAUGACACCAAGUUUCGGUAUUACACUUCCAAAAGAGGAGAUUGAAAAGGAUAUUUUGGCCAUAAUUGGAGCCAAAUUGCCAAGGAGGAAGAAGAAGAAGAGAAUCACGAAUGUCCAGAGAGAGCUUGACAGCGUAUUUCCUGGUCUGGGGUUGUCGUCGAUAACUCCUGCUUCGUACAAAAUUCGUAAGAGGAAGGAUUAAUCUUUUAUUAUUCUUUUCGUUGGAGGGCUUAUUUUUCUAGGGUUCUAGGACUUGGGAGUACAAGUUUUUUAAGAUUGUUGUUAAUUUCUUUCAUUACAUUUGAAAUAGUUUUUAAUGAAUAAUAUGUUGAUUGCUAA